GCCUUGUUACGGGCCCAGAGCCGUGGCCUUUUUCCUACCCAUUAGUCCCGACCAGACACAUUACCAUCUCUAAUUAUAAACCGUGGGACUUGGGUUGACGUGACUAACAGGUUGAUCUCUAGAAAGAUCUCGACGUAUAAGGGCUGUGACAGUUGAAGCUCGCGACACGACUACUAUAAGCCAAGUUCAAAGCGCUGUUAAAUCACCUGGGAACAGGACAAUCGUGUUGUGGGAACACACGGAGGUGGAGUCUUGGACGUCUGAUUUUGGGUGGAUACGCACAAAUGUCAGUGACGAUUCACACUAAUUUCGGCGACAUUAAGUGCGAGAUCUCUUGCGAUGAAGUCCCCAAAGCAGCCGAGAAUUUUUUGGCAUUAUGUGCCAGUGGCUAUUAUGAUGGAACCAUAUUCCACAGAAAUAUAAAGGGUUUUAUGAUCCAAGGUGGAGACCCAACAGGCACAGGAAAAGGUGGGACCAGUAUAUGGGGCAAGAAAUUCAAUGAUGAGAUAAGAGAAUCUCUGAAGCACAAUGCUAGGGGGAUACUAUCAAUGGCCAAUAGUGGUCCCAAUACCAAUGGAAGUCAGUUCUUCAUAACUUAUGCAAAACAACCACAUCUCAAUGGAUUGUACACCAUCUUUGGCAAAGUUAUUCAUGGGUUUGAAGUUCUAGAUAUCAUGGAAAAGACUCCAACGGGACCAGGGGAUCGACCUCUGGCAGAGACAAGAAUCAAUCGUGUGACUAUACACGCCAACCCACUCGCUAACUAGCCUUGCACCAAAACGUCUCUGGUAUGUGAGCUCCUUGUAUGAAGGUCAAAGGAGCAGAAUGUCUGUAAUGGUAACAUAUUUUCAAUUUGUCAGUUUCACCUGUCAGCUUCAACCGCUGACAGUUAAUAGACUUGUAUUUGAAGUUUAGAAAGAAUGCAGCAAAAGAACAACGGGGGAAAUCAAAUUGUGUUAACUGCAUUUUUACAUGUAGCAGGACUUUGAUCGUCCUGGAAUUUCAUUAUUACCAAUUUGAAGGGUAGUUCAAGUGGUAAUAGGGAUGAAUUGUAAAUUCAGAUGUCUUGAGUUUGAAUUUUAAUAGCCCUUUAAGACUAGAUUAUAAAAAAUUU